AUGAGAGCAAAAUCUAAUGAGCAUGCCACUCAUAGUUCAUCAGCAGCCACACCAACACACCAUAAUUCUACUCGAUGUUAUUCAACCAAGACAUUUCGUCUCCUGACUAUGCUUUCACUCACAUUCUCCUUUUUUUUCAUCGAACUUAUUGUUGGUAACAUCACCAAUUCAUUAGCACUGGUAGCCGAUGCUUUCCACAUGCUUUCCGAUGUCAUCUCACUUUUCAUCGGUUUAUUUGCUGUGCGGAUAGCUAAAAGACGUUCUGAUAUUAACACAUUCGGAUGGGUACGUGCUGAAGUCGUUGGUGCCAAUAUCAACACUGUCUUCUUGCUGGCUCUUUGUUUAACGAUCAUCUUUGAUGCCAUCAAACGGUACAUUCAACCAGAACCUAUCGAGAAUCCUACUCUUCUCCUCAUUGUUGGAUCGGUGGGUCUUGGAAUUAAUAUUAUUGGUCUGUUUCUAUUCCAAGGCUUUCAUGGUCAUUCACAUGGUGGUAGUAGUGACGCUGAUGAGGCACAUGGUCACAGCCAUAACAGCACAGCACGUGAUCAUGGUCAUAGUCACAAACAUAAAACGAAGCGUGCACAAAGCCAUCACGUAGAUGACAAAUCGCAGACAGAACAACCAAAAACAGUAACUUCGAUCAGAGAGAACACACACGAUAUUACACCGUCGAUAUCUGAUGAAAACAUCGAACCACUCGAAGUCGUUGUUACUUCUUCUGACUUCAGAAGACACAGCCUUCGAGCUCUCAACGAGGUUAUUGUCGACUGCAUUUAUCAUCCUCCUUCACCAUCAUCCCCACAGAUCCAUUCUCCGACACACGUCAACAAAAAAGAAAAAAAGUCAUCCAUGAAUAUGCACGGCGUGUUCCUCCAUGUCCUAGCUGAUGCUCUCGGCUCAGUCGCCGUCAUCAUCAGUUCUCUCAUCAUCAAGUUUGUACCUCACGAUCCAGACAAUAACAAACAUUGGACAGUCUAUGUCGAUCCGACCUUGUCUGUCAUCAUUGUUAUCAUCAUCACUGUCUCUGCUAUUCCACUACUGAAAGAAACAACCCAUGUUCUUCUUCAAACUGUUCCCAAAGAUCUGCAAGUAUCGACGCUCAAGAAACAAUUACUAGAAAAGGUGUCGGAAGUGGAUGGGAUUCAUGAUUUACAUGUAUGGCGAUUGACUAGUAAUGCAAUUGUUGCCACUGCUCAUCUACAUCGUCGCUCAUUCUCAGACUAUAUGACUGUGGCUGACAAAGUAAAACGAUUCUUUCAUGAUGCCGGUAUUCACUCGACCACGAUUCAGUAUGAGUACUGGAAUGAUGAAGAACGUGACAGAUUGGUGGGGAAGAAUGAAGUUGAUGGAGAAAUGAAAGCGAGUUGUUUACUGAGUUGUUCUGAUGAAGUUUGUGAAAUGAAAACAUGUUGCACGAAAGAUUCAAUACGUAGUAAUGCGGUAUAUAGCGUGGUUAAUAUGAAUCCAACACGCGUAGACGCAAAUAGCCCAAGUGCAACAUAUAGCAAAACGGAGAAUGAACCAUUGUUUUGUGAACAAGAAGAAAAUGAUCGAUUAAUGGGAACUGAAGCAGUGUGA